AUGGUAUCAAGAGAGCACGUGGGCGCCAGGAUGGGUCUGCUGCAACAGAGGUGCACCAAGAACCUGCUCUGUGCGCUCAUCCUCCUCGAGGCUGCUGGGACCUUGGCCUUGAUGCUCUAUGCGCUGCUGUGGGAAGCCGGCAACCUGGUCGACCUCCCUGACAAACGUAUUGGCUUUUACAACUUCUGCCUGUGGAAUGAAACAGCCGGGGAGCUGCAGUGCCUGGACUUCAAGCAUCUGCAGGCGAUGGGCAUCAGCCUACCAGGAAUGGUGCUAGCCAGGGUUAGUGUGUAUGCCUGCCUGGUCUUCAUCACCUUCUACCCCAUUGUUGUGACAUAUGUGAAGUGCACAGAGGAGAGAAAGGGCUGGAAGGCGAUCCUCAUCGCACUCAGCUUCAAGACAAUAAUGCUGUCUGGAGGCCUGGUUACAUUUCUUCUCCAAACCUCACGGUGGAUUUACCCCUCUGAUUUCACCGUGGGCUUCUGGGCACUGCUUGGGACUCAGGCUCUGCUACUGCUCCAGAUUCUGACCGUCGCUAUGUACCUCAGCUGGGCCAAGCACACACACCCAUAUUAA